UGCGUGCGCACACACACACACGGAUAGACAAACACAUACUGCUCCACCCCACAUCCACCUACCUUGACUGGCUGGGCUUGUUAGUGCUCACGCCCGUACCUGUUCUCUAGCACAGAGACCGAGACACCUGUCACAUAGACAAAGACGUUCCCCCCUGCUCACACCAGCCACACUCAGAGACACACUAUCACAGACUUUCAACUGAGCUGGACGUUGCUCUGCUGGAUAUAAAGUGAAAGCAGGUGGCCUGUAAAGAUAACAGAAUAAAGAAGAGAAAGAAACCUCCAGAACAAGCAUGUCAAAAGAGGGGGACAAAGCAUCUGUGUUCCGUACCACCAAAGUGCGGACCAAGCUGAAGGGAGACAGCAGCUGGUUGCAGCGCUGCAAUGAAACUCAGGCUGAAGCCGAGGAGGAGGUCAAACCAUGGCUAGCAGAAGUAAGGGCCAGCCGUCUGAACGGUGCCCCCGUUGAGACCAGUCCAGUGUCGUCACCAACGACAUCCACUGUACCACCCACCAAGUCUGACACCGAAAGAAAUGUUUUCACUAAACUAGACAAGCCUGUUUCAUCCUCAACAUCUAAUGGCUUUAGUGGAACAACACAAUUCACCAAAAAACCUUCAGAGAGCUACAAGAAAAUAGCCCCCUACACUGUGAGGCCUGCUUCAGAGAACCAGGAGGGCCAGCUUAGCCACGAGGAGCAGGAGAAGCGGAAGGAGGCAGCCAGCAAUGUUCUGAACAAAUCUGCAGUCAGGAAACGAUCUUAUGUGCUUUCUGCUGCUAAGAAAUUUGAGUCUAAAGAAGAAGCAUCUGACACCUCAUUGGUCAAUAGCAGUCCAUCAUUUGUGGCUAAAAGGGUGGAGAUUACUGAUGAUGAUGAGAGUGCUGCGACCCCAGCACCUGCCAGCACUCCACUCCCUUCCUCUGUCGUCUCUGUCACAUCUGUUGCCCCUGAGCCCAAACCACAGAAAAUAGUCGACUCUAGUGUUAAGGCAACUGAUGAUGUCGCUGUUAAAGAAAUGGUGGCGCCGAAGGUUGAGGAGGCAGCCCUGAAGCCUGUGAAGCAAGACCCCCCUCCAGUGUCUGUUGCAGAAAAAGAGCCAUUUAAAGACAUGAAACCAGCGUGCACCAAUGUGGCCACUCCUCUCCCCAAACUCAUCCCUGAGCGUGUGCAAGCAGUCUGUACAGAGCCAGAACCUGAGGAGAAAGUUUCUGGGAAAGUUGACACCCCUCUGGUUAAACUCACCCCAGCGUCACCACCCCCAAUAUCACCUACUCCAGCAUCCCCUGCCCUGGCUUCAGCUGUUCCAGAAUCACCUGCUCCAGUGCCUCCCACCCCAGCAGCUCCUGCCCCUGUGUCACCUGAGCCCAAACCACAGAAAAUAGUCGACUCUAGUGUUAAGGCAACUGAUGAUGUCGCUGUUAAAGAAACGGUGGCGCCAAAAGUUGAGGAGGCAGCCCUGAAGCCUGUGAAGCAAGACCUCCCUCCAGUGUCUGUUGCAGAAAAAGAGCCAUUUAACGACAUGAAACCAGCGUGCACCAAUGUGGCCACUCCUCUCCCCAAACUCAUCCCUGAGCGUGUGCAAGCAGUCUGUACAGAGCCAGAACCUGAGGAGAAAGUUUCUGGGAAAGUUGACACCCCUCUGGUUAAACUCACCCCAGCAUCACCAACCCCAAUAUCACCUACUCCAGCAUCCCCUGCCCCGGCUUCAGCUGUUCCAGAAUCACCUGCUCCAGUGCCUCCCACCCCAGCAGCCCCUGCCCCUGUGUCACCUGAGCCCAAACCACAGAAAAUAGUCGACUCUAGUGUUAAGGCAACUGAUGAUGUCGCUGUUAAAGAAAUGGUGGCGCCGAAGGUUGAGGAGGCAGCCCUGAAGCCUGUGAAGCAAGACCUCCCUCCAGUGUCUGUUGCAGAAAAAGAGCCAUUUAACGACAUGAAACCAGCGUGCACCAAUGUGGCCACUCCUCUCCCCAAACUCAUCCCUGAGCGUGUGCAAGCAGUCUGUACAGAGCCAGAACCUGAGGAGAAAGUUUCUGGGAAAGUUGACACCCCUCUGGUUAAACUCACCCCAGCAUCACCACCCCCAAUAUCACCUACUCCAGCAUCCCCUGCCCCGGCUGUUCCAGAAUCACCUGCUCCAGUGCCUCCCACCCCAGCAGCUCCUGCCCCUGUGUCAACUGUCCCACUUUCACCUGCCCCAGUGUCUGCUGUAACAGAGAUCACAGUGAAGACUGAACCUAAACCGUCUCCAAAGCCAAGCUCCAGUGUUGACACGCUCACUGCCUUGUCCAACGCCCUCAUUUCUUUCGACACAAGUUCAACCAGCUUUAAGAAUGAUGAGCCAGUGCUGGCAAAGGAAAAAGGAGGCUCAGUGGAUAGUCACACCACAGAGGACGGUGUUAAACGAGAGCCAGCUCCAGCACUCAGCAACAGUGUACAAAUAACAGACGAUCUCCUGGCUCUCACUGAUGGACAAGAGGAGUCAGCUGAUCCUGUCCCCCCCAGCCCAGGACACUGGAGUCAGGAUCUGCUUAGCGGACUAGACAGUGAGUCAAACCCAACAAAGACCAGCAGCACCCUGAAUCUCCGGGCUAAUGAUGUCUUUGUAAGCAACACAGAGGCACGCAGCCUCAGCACACAGCGAGAGGAGGAGAAACAGACAGAUGCGACAGCCAAAAAAACACAAAGCUCCACAGAGACAGUCACUAUAACUACCAAAACUGUGAUCAUUACUGACAAAAGCGAAGAGGACAAUGCACAUCCCUGGAGCUCACAUGUAACAACCACAGUCACUGAAUCAAGCUCGGCUGAUCCGUUUGAUCCAUAUCCGAUAGGGACCACAUCCCCUAACAGCUCCUCUGACCUGCUCCAGCCCCUCUCAGAUAUUUCCAUCAACAGUGCGCCACCUACUACUAAGAUCAAAGAUCCAAGUCCAGAAACCAAUAUGAGCGGUAAUGCAUUGGAAUCCCUUGCAGAUGACGUCAUCCCUAUCACCACUGACAGGACAAGUCUCAGCACUCGGCGGUCGUGGGCACACACAUGGGAAAUCAGCACACCUCAGCAGGCUAACACAGAAGAGAGCCAAGGAGCUGAACCAGGAGGCCGAGCUGAAGAUCAAAACACGCUGGUCAUGUUUGAGAGAAAGUCCAUUGAGAAUGACUCCCCAUGGGACAGGUGGACAUCACCCACUAUCUAUACUAACAUUACCACUACAGGAGAGGAAGAGGAGGAAGAGGAGGAAAGCCCAGAGGAUACGCAGACAGAGACAGUCACAACCAUCACCACUAUCAGGGAGAUACACAGUGAGCCAGAGCCUGCUAUGGAUCGUUAUGAAACCUAUUUCAGGACCGUGACAGAAGAAGACCAGUGUGUCCAAACACCAGAACCUGAGACCAAAAAGGGGUUUGUGUAUGUGAAGGAGUAUGUCAAUGCAACAGAGCUGUCCUUGCAUAAUGCCAGAGACACAAUCGAUGGAGUGUCCGAUUAUUUGACAUCAAGCUCGGCCAGUUACUCAUACAGCAGCCCCUCCACUUACUCCAGCUCAAUGCCAUCCAGCUGUACAUUCUGCGGAGAGCUGGUGGGCAAUGAUUCCAAGAUCUUCAUCGAGCACCUCAAUAUCAACUGCCACCCUGCCUGCUUCAAGUGCGGCGUGUGUAGUAAGCCAAUGGGAGACCUUCUCGACGGUAUGUUCAUACACGGUGGGAAAGUCCACUGCGAGAGUUGCUACUCCAAAGCCUUGGACUGAUUAUUGAAGCUCUUCAGCAGCCUCUUAUCCUCGUCCCCUUCCCUUCAUGUUCAUUUACAUAUAAAGUGAGAACUGGUCUUUCACAAAGUUUAGACUGUGUUCGGUUUGAACUCAGGAAUGAUGUGGUUUAGGGUGAUCAAAGUGACCGUUAUAGUGAAUAUGAUUACUUAAUGUUGAUUCCUACAUUAGGUUCAAUUUCUCAUUUCUCAAACACGUUAUACAAGCUUGUGUUUUUUUUUUUCUUGGUGGUGAAAGCUGCAUCUGCCUCAGUACAUUAUGAAGGAUAUGUCUGUACAACACGAUGUGCUACAUAUAACUGUGAACAGACUAAUAAUGGCAAGUGGGGGUACCAUAUUAUAAUUUAGUAACAGUAGUUAUGCAAGAAAAUGACUGCUACAAAAUGUUUACUUGUUUUGCUCUUCUUGAUACAAAAUAGUGUGUUCACAUGUAUGAUGCUUUGUUAAGAAAAUAAAAAGAUUUAUAUAA